ACUUUCUGAUAUUUUUCUUUGCAACAAAACCUGAAAUCUCUUCUCUGCAGGACCUGUUGAUAUCUCUUUUUACAGGACCUAUUUGAUAUCCUUCACGGCAUCAAAUAGGUCCUGCACCAUUUCACUGCAUCAGAUAGGUCCUGAACCAAAUCUAAUUCUUGAAUUAAUCUCAAUCUAAUCGCGUUGAAGCUACCAAGUGCAUGGUGAAAUUGAUACAUAAGAAUUCUUUCUGGUAAAUUUGGGUGAUAAUAUUAUACUCAGGCCAUUCAGGAAAUUCAUUUAGCCGAAACAGCUAUAUCUAGAUCAAAUUCAAAUAGAGCAUAAAACUACAGGAGGCCAUGGAUUACCUGAGUUUUGUGUUGUGCCUAUUGCUAGCAUGGAUCGUAAUCAACCUCCUUUCAACUGUAAAGAAACGUAAUAAAUCGAAGCCUAGGAUACUACCACCAGGUCCACCCAAAAUACCCGUCUUUGGGAACCUCUUCAGCCUCGGCACAAACCCACAUAUUUCCGUGACUGAACUUGCCAAGACUUAUGGCCCUCUCAUGACUUUACAGCUUGGCCAAGUGCCAACCGUGGUUGUUUCCUCGGUUGACUUGGCCAAAGAAGUGCUUCAAAAGAAUGAUAUUUUCUUCUGCAACAGAUUUGUUAUUGAUGCUUUUGAUGCACUUAACCACCAACAAAGCUCACUGGCAUUCAUGCCAGUAUGUCCUGCAUGGCGAAAGCUUCGCAAAAUCUCCAACUCCAAAGUAUUUUCAGCCAGUAAACUUAACUCGAGCCAAAGUCUAAGGAAGAAAAAGGUGACAGACCUCCUUGACUAUGUCCAAAAACAAAGCGAAGCUGGUUUGGCAGUGGACAUUGGGCAAGUAGCAUUCACCACCACCUUGAAUUUGUUGUCGAACACAAUAUUUUCAGUGGAUUUGGGUGAUCCUAGUUCAGGGUAUGCCGGUGGAUUCAGAGAGACUGUACGAGGUAUAAUGGAGGAAAUGGGGAAACCUAACUUUGCUGAUUAUUUCCCUCUGUUGAAGAAGAUAGAUCCACAAGGUAUUAGACGGCGUCAAACUGUACACUUUGGGAAGCUGAUUGAUCUAUUUGAAACCAUGAUUGACCAACGAUUGCAAGGCAAAAGACCACCAGGAUCAACACCAGGCGACGAUGUUUUGGAUGCUUUACUAGGCAUUAAUCAAGAAAACUCUGAGGAAUUAGAACUAGAAAAAAUUCCACAUCUUUUGCUGGACCUGUUUGGCGCAGGAACUGAUACAACAUCGACUACCCUUGAAUGGGCAUUGGCAGAACUUAUUCGCAACCCUGAAAAACUGACGAAAGCACAGGCAGAGCUUGAAGAAAUCAUAGGAAAAGGAAACCCUGUGGAAGAAUCAGACAUUGCACAGCUCCCAUACUUGCAGGCCGUUGUCAAGGAAACCUUCAGGCUACACCCACCAACACCCUUUCUAGUACCGAGAAAAGUUGAUGCAGAUGUGAAGCUCUACGGUUACACAGUGCCUCAAAACGCACAAGUCCUGGUCAAUGUACGUGCAAUUGGAAGGGAACCGAAUCUAUGGAAGAACCCAAACUCCUUUGAGCCAGAGAGAUUUAUAGGAUCUAAAAUUGAUGUAAAAGGUUGUGAUUUUGAGCUGAUUCCAUUUGGUGCUGGUCGUAGGAUAUGCCCCGGAUUGCCAUUGGCUCAUCGGAUGAUCCAUCUGAUGCUGGGUUCACUAAUUCACAGGUUUGACUGGAAGCUAGAAGGAGGAAUUCCACCAGAAAAAAUGGAUAUGGAAGAUAAAUUUGGGAUCACGUUGGAAAAAGCUCAGCGACUUCGUGUCAUUCCAGCCCUUCGCAGUUAAGGGAACAUUAGAGUUUGCAUCGCCUUGGAAAAUAUUCAGUGACUUCAUGAAAUUUUUUGUUUGUGUCUGAGUAUGAUAAUUUCAUGUUAAUAACGAACACUUGGUUCCAAAUUUAGCAAAUUUUCUAGCUUAAUUCAACUCGCAUAUUAGCAGAAGGCAGAUUAUAUGCAGAAUGGUGUAAAGCAUGAAUUAAAGAUGAGCAAUAAGAUAGAGAUCCUAUACUUGUAGUAAUCUGUAAUGAUCCAGCUCCAGAAAUAUUAACAUGUUUAACUCAACCACGCUGCAAGAAUUAAUAUA